GCUUUAAAUAUCAAGUCACGGUUUAUAAUACUGAAGUCAAAGCGAGACCAAAUUGUAGAGACCGAAGGUUGUGGCGAUAACCGAUCAAAAGGCUACGAUUUCGGACAAAAAAAAAAAAGAAAAAUCGACCUCCGACACUAUCUUUAACCGAUUGUAGAAUCAUCCUGGAUGAGUUCGCCGAUAGUGUACAAUGAAAAACCAGCAGUGUAGGUAAGCCGUUCCGCCAAGUUCGGCAUAUUGGUCCGCGAUAGUGUGGAGCCGGUAUAACUCUAAAUAAUAUACAGUAUUUGUUGAUUAUGGACCUUGGCGGGAGUCUUCUAGAAAAGUUAAAACAAUACGGUACUGGGCGGCGGAAGUUAGAUGAUAAAUUGUUCAGCGGUGAUCCGCCGCUUCCCAGACUCGGCGUUUACGACGAGGAUGAUGAAGACUUAUGCCACGAAGUUAUAACAUCUACAUGCAACAUCCCGGGAUGCGGUUUCUCAUCAGAAUCUCUGCUAACCUUCGAGAGCCACUACAACUCCUGCCAUCGGUACACUUGCAGUCAGUGCAAGAAGGUGAUGCCGUCCCCGCAUCUGCUUGACCUGCAUAUACAGGAGAGUCACGACUCGUUCUUUGCUGUUAUGGCCGAGAAGAAACCUUCGUAUUGCUGCUACAUCGAAGAUUGCAAGGAGAAAUUUAUGAACGCCGAAACGAGACUAACUCACUGUGUCGAAAUCCACAAAUUGCCAAAAGAUUUUAGAUUCGAACAAAAACCGAAAAACAAAAAACCGAAAAAGCACAAGAAAAAACAAGACUCCAUGGAGAUAGAUGGCGAAAGUGCAGACCCAAAGUUUAGGUUUACCAAUAGCAAACAGAAAUUCGCUUACACUGGCAGGAAAUUUACUAAAAAUGAGGAAAAUAAAUCAGUGUGUAAUGUUAAUGUUGAUGCGAUUAUGGCGGAUUUGAAGGAAAAUUUACCAGACUCUUAGCGGGCCAAAAGCUCACACCAAGGAAGAUAUAAUCUUGGCUAAUUGGGCCAUAAAACUAGGGGACGCGAGGAUCAGGGGCUGCUGAAAUGGUACAUUCAUAUGUUAUUAUUAGUGUAUGUGUAUUGUGUAUGCAUUCACAUUGUAUAUAUGUACCCUAAAUAUUUCAAAUAGACAGACAAACCACUAAAACAAAAUGCAACUAAAUAAAAAAAUGAUCUGCAGGCCUACCAAACCAUAUUUUACAGAAGGAUUCCAAUGCAACUCAGUUCAAUUUAGGUACCUAAAAUGAAUCGCAUUCAUACUAAAAAUUAAGUCGAUGGGACGAAUUUGUGAUGCCGUUCAGUUUAGGUCGUAAAGUGGAUCGCGUUAAGAGAUGAUGGUAAACCCCCUGAGACUAUAAAAUGUCUGGAUUAAAUACUUUCUUCAAACUCAACCAAUCAGAAAGUUAUUAGCUUGUGUAACAGGGGCCUUAAAGUUCCUUAUGCCGGCUCCACACUAUCGCGGCCUAGUUCGCUGAACUUCGGAUUCGGUAUACCUACAUCGCUGGUUUUUUGUUACGUUAAAAAACAGCACACAUACAAACUACACAAUGUUCAUGCAUUUUCAUCGGCAUCUGUCCCGAGUUCGGUGAUAGUGUGGAGCCGGCUUUAGAUAUUUACAGAAAUAAAUAAAAGAACAACUAGUUGUGUUAGAAUAACUGUUUUUUUUUUUUUACUUUGUGGAAUAAACGUACUUUUCCUAA